AUGUUGUGGCUGUCUAUUUGGUGUUGCACUGGAGGGAUUCAGCGAGGCGCACAGGGAAUUCUUCGUAGUUUGUGGUGCCAGAGCUAUACCACUACAACCCGUUGUGCAGGAGUCAUAGGUGGUGGUGGCGGCAAUGGAGUUGGGUAUGGGGGUCCCAAUGGAGGGUACUCUAAAGGAGGGACCAUAAAGCCUACUGUAGUGUGCCAAGAAAAGGGUCCAUGUUACAAGAAAAUGCUGGGAUGUCCAGCUAGGACAUCCAAGUGUUUCACUUGGUUCAGCGGUUCCAUGAAGGGCUCUGGCUAUGGUGGAGGGGCGAUGGAUGCACCAUGGACUGCAAGAAGACAUGUUCUGCACAUUGUUAAGCUGAGCUAA